UUCCUAAAUAAAAUGAUUUAUUCCAGUAGGUCGUAACGUAAGGCAUAAAAUCAGAAUAGGCCUAUUUAAAGAGCAUUGCAAGCACACCACAAAUGAUAUUAUUCCAAGUUUGUUAAAAAAGGGUGCAUUGAGAAGAUAUUGACAUAGCUUAAAAUGGAGAAAAAACAUACAUUCACAACCAUUGAAUAAACGAAUGAAUAAACUUUAAUAAAGAAAAAAGUAAACACGCCCCUUUUUAAACCAUCGUCAUUCUUGUGCGACAGAAACCGACCUGUCAGCAGUGUUGCCAGAUUGGCCAGAUUUCCCGCCCAAUCUGACGACCUUGGCUGAGGCGCUCUGCAUCCAGGCAGUGUUGCAAACUGGCAACACUGCCUGUCAGCCAAUCAAGAAAUACGAACAGCCCAGAUCCGCGAGAAGCACAAGAGUAUCGAUCACCCGCGGUAGGACGAGCGUUAUGCUUUCAAACACUUAACACGUUUCUACAGAUUAUUACACAUUACUGGGACCUAAAUGAUCACAGUGAAAGUGUGUAUAAAUGAACUUAGUGUUAAAAUUAGCCUCAGUUUUUGUGCGUGUUACCUAGUUGUUUACCAGAAGGCUAGUGUUUGCUAGCCAGGCCUAGCCAGGGCCCUGCGACGAUCAACUCCCUGCAUCGUAAAGUUGACCGACGUCGUUUUAAAAUUGAAAGUGACAACCCAUGAAUUAAAUGCGGAUAAAAAUACGUGUUUUUCUCCCUCCCUGCACCCCCGCUGAAGCAUUUCCGCGGCCAUAACGAGAUCGUUGUAGAGUAGUAGUACGCUAGGAAACUAUACGGCGUAAGCGCAAAAACCUGCUAACGUUAGCCUGCAAAUAAUAACCGAAAUAUCACCAUGACUUCCAGAAGAGGAGGUUAUGCCGGUGGAAUGGAUUCAUCUGCGUCUAGUAGUAGUGUGGUUAACAGUGGAAACCGAAAACAAAGCAUCAUCAACGUCCCCAAUCGGACUGGGUCGGAGUCUUGCUACGAUCGGAAAGUGGACAAGACUGGGUACGGUUCGCAGGGCAACAUGACUGUCACAUCCCUAAAAUCACGCCUGGCCCCCACUAUUCAAAAUGCCAUGUCUGCCGCAGUGGACACUGUUCUUGGCGAGGUGGUCCUCGUUUUAAACGAGACACAACAAGAGUUGUUCAACAAGGAGCAGGAAAACGAGAGACUAAAGGUUCGCCUGGAAGUGUCCGAGCGAGAACUGAAGACACUGCAGGAAUGUUUGUGCAGUGCUCAGAAACUGAUUGAUCAACUUCAGAUAUCUUACCCGGGCUCUCAAACUCAGUCUGUUUUCGCACCGUCGCUGUCUUCCUUGACGUCUAUGAAUACGGGAAUGGACCGAGAUCACCAGAACUCUCGGAACGUGAACGGGUCCGGCGUGGACUUGGGUCUAGGUGGCUCCGUGGACGACUCACUCCACGGUUUCGAACCACGAGAUGACUAUAAGAUGUGCCAGCUGUCAAUCCAACCCGAUGGAUCUGUGACAAACCACUCACUGGACGCCUACACCAACACGGCCCACAUGAUCAACGAUUCAAAUAGACAAGAUGAACGGCAGUCCCAGCGAGGCAGCGGCUCCGGGUUUGAGAUCAAAGAGGAGCAAGGUUUGACCCCAGGCAACGGCCAGUCUUCCAGGAAGGACCAGGGGUUGACCGGGGACGACGGAGAGGCAUCUGGCCACAACGUUGGUGACCUUGGCUAUGGCCAGGGAGAGGACGGGGGCUCCCAGCGGUCCUUCACCUACCCUCUUCGUCACCCGCGGCCUGUGAGACCCCGCACGGUCCCCCAGAAUCAGGGCGCGCUGGACGUACAGAAGGGCGCCGUAAGGACUGUCCCCGGAAGGGUGGACGGUCUGUCCCCGGCCCGGGCGGAUGACAACGCCGGCCCCUCUGCGCCCGACCUGACGGUGGAGGUCUCUGCCGACCGCCCCCACCACUGCCUGGAGUGCGGCAAGACGUUCCGCCUGAUCUCCAGCCUGAAGAAGCACAUCCGCAUCCACACGGGCGAGAAGCCGUACCCGUGCGGCGUGUGCGGCCGGCGCUUCCGCGAGUCGGGCGCGCUCAAGACCCACCUGCGCAUCCACACGGGCGAAAAGCCCUACUCGUGCUCUGAGUGCGGCAACAGCUUCCGCCACCUGGACGGCCUGCGCAAGCACCGGCGCACGCACACGGGCGAGAAGCCGUACGUGUGCGCCAUCUGUGGCAAGCGCCUGAGCCGCCUGCAGCACCUGAAGCACCACCAGCUGAUCCACACCGGCGAGCGGCCGUGCUGCUGCCCCUUCUGCAACCGCACCUUCAAGGAGCCGGCCGCGCUGCGCAAGCACGUGCGCACCCACCGCGAGGAGGCGGGGCACCUGGCCAUGGGCCCCGCCGAGGAGGUGGACCCCGACGCAAUGGACGACAUCAACAGCCUGCACCCCGCCGCCCCCUCCCCCCAGAUGAGGUUUGGCGAGUGGGGCGGGGAGGAGGACGAGACCUCAGUGGUGGACUGUGUUUAGGGCCACGCUCCACCCCCCCUCCCCCCCACCCCCUCCGAAGCUACAAAAAAAAACGUAUGCUCCAUCUAGUGACAAAACUAAAAUAUCGUUCAAAUUGUCUUCCUAUUGUUUUUACAAACCUGGCCAUCAUGGAAGAGUUUUGAUUCUCUCGAGUCCCACAUUCUGGCUCAUCUAACCCCAGCUUUGGAGUGUUCUUUUAUCAGGGUAGUCCAUUUGCGUUUGCCUUUUUCAUUUUGUAUUGUAGAUGUGAACGUAGUUCUGAAUAUGCUCUUUGUGUUUUGUUCGAGAGCCAACAGUUUGAAGUAGCUGUUCUCAUGGCCACUGUGUGUGUGUGUGUGUGUGUGUGUGUGUGUGUGUGUGUGUGUGUGUGUGUGUGUGUGUGUGUGUGUGUGGGAGCAUCGAGAGCAGCUGCUGUUGGGUCAAUGUUUUUAGUGGCAGAGCAGAGAUAUGCCAUCCAUGGUAGUAGCAGGUGCAUAGACAUCACCCUCAGCCAGUGAGGGGAGCUGCACUGGGGGCAGCUGGUUGGAUGUCUCUCCCUGGUUGGCCUGGGAGCCAAGGUGUGAUGGGGAGGUUUGACACACAGGAUGGAUGGAUUGACGGAUGUAAUAUGACCUUAUCAACUUUUAAGUUUCCACAAGCCUUUAUCAAGGUGUGGCCCGAGUAUAGCCUGUUGGCGUGUUUGCGGGAAGCACAGCCUUUCUUCAGUGUUGAUGCAUUAUGCCCUCAUCUGUUAGCCUCAUCCUUUAUAUUUUAAAGAUCUGCACAUUCAAAGGCUUCUGCUACAGAAUGUGAUGGGGACUGUUCAUUGGUGUGGAUAAGGGCAAAUGUAUUAUUUCUUCUAUCUAUCUUGUAAAACAAUCUUGGCAUUCAGACUGUGGAAAUAAAGGUAGAAUUUCAUUGUACAACUGAGAACAUCUCUUUUGUGCAUAUGACACAUAUAACACUUUGAAUUGAAUUGAAUAAGAUGUGUGGCAUCAACAUGCAGCAUUCAGAGAAAUAAAAACGACUUGUUGCCAUCCAUUGACCCUAGCUAAUUUGACUGAUGGAUGGUGGUCCUUUUUGGUCAGCUGGGAUUCGGUGUUGAGAUGGACCCUGUGAAAUUACGCUGAAUUCACUGCCCCUGCUCGACCAGCAGCUUUAUUCUGUCUGCCUCAAAAUGUCAAUCUGACGCAACUGGUCUUAAAUUCCAUCUGUCAAAAAUGUUGACGGAUGGAAAGGAUUGUCGGUUAUGUUGAGUCAAAAUGACCGACCAUCCUAGAAAUUAUUUGUGAAACUUUAUGUUGUGCCACAAGUUUGUAAUCUGCCGCACUGUGGUGAGGGGACAAGUCCAUUUUUCAUCACAGGCUAACGCUACAAAACUCUGUUUUACCAUUUUUCUGUAUUUGAUAACCAUGUAUUAACGAAUGGCAUUCCUUUCUUUUUUUUUUUUUACAACCAGUAUUUCAUAUUCAACAAAUGUAAUGGCUCAAUGUUUCUAAGAUUUUAACCCUCCAAAGUUGCGGCCAUUAGCCGAGCCGCAUUGGCGCAUGCAUGUCUAAUCAUUCCCAUGGCACCAACUCUAGGUGAGCUGACUCUGUACAUAAGAAUGUGACUUACAACACCCUUUCCCCCUUAGCCCAAGUAUUGCCCAUUGGUCUACGACUGUACUGUAAAUAUGUAAUCUCCUGUAUCUUCUUUCCAAUGGCAAAGCUUUUGGGCAUCAGAACAAGCAGCAAAGGAACAUUUCUCUCUGCCUCUCUGAGAUAUAGAUCUACCAUUAUACACGCUACUUUAAUGAGCUUAAUGUAAUUGUUUAAAUGAGAACAAUAUGUACAUACAUUUACUAGUGUGUGCCCUUUUUUAUAUGGGUUCAACUAUGAAACAUGUCUCUAUACUAGGAACUUUGCCACGGUUGUCCUUACCCCCUCUUAACUAACUUAACUUCUUUUUGGUUCAAGCACAUUCUGGGGAGCUUUGCAUGAAUUUACUUUAAAGUGAUCUAUUUCAGUCCUGAAUCUGGUGUUUACUGAAUGAAUUUUUCAUGCCUCUGUGCUCCAAAUAUUUUCCCAUAUAAGUCAACCCUUUUGCCUAAAUGUUGUAUAUUAAAGGGCAUUUGUUUAUACA